CAUACAUUGUCCUAUCCACCAGUCUAGUCUAGUCUGUUUUCUCUCCCAUUCACUGAGACCACAUACAGUACUAUGGGAGGAGUGUUUGGCAAAGCGUCUUCUGCUUCCACAUCGUCCAAUGGCGCAAAGCAGCAGUCGCGCAUCACACCACACGACCGCGCUGUUCUCGAUCUGAAGAAGCAGCGCGACAAUCUCAAAAUCUACAUUCACAAGAUCGAAGCUGUUCUGAAGCGCGAGCACGAGUUGGCGCGGACGGCCGUGCGCGAAGGGAACAAGAAGAAGGCGCUGCUGCUGCUCAAGCGGAAGCGCUUCCAAGAGACGCUGAUUGAGCGCGCCGAGGGGCAAAUCCAGAAUGUCGAGGAGCUCACUGCGAGCAUUGAGUUUGCGGUGGUGGAGCAGCAGGUGCUGGCGGGCAUCAAGGCAGGCACCGAGACGCUCACCGAGCUCAACAACCAGAUGAAGCUCGAGGACGUCGAGCGCCUCAUGGACGAUACGCAGGAGGCUAUUGCGUACCAGAACGAAAUUAGUGAAAUGCUGGGAACGUCCUUGUCGGAGGUCGACGAGGCCGCGGUGCUGGCAGAAUUGGAAGAGCUGGAGGUGGCGAGCUCAGCCAUUCAGACGGCUCCAGACGUACCGACGCAUGCAUUGCCAGCGGACAGUGCUGCAAGUGAUGCUGUCCAAGAAGCAGAAGAAGCAGGGCAGCCAGCAGAAUCUGCCAAAGCAAAAGGGAAGAAACCUGCCACGCAAGCACAGCUCGCAAUGUAGAAAAGCAGCUUUUGGGUGAGGGUUUGCAUCCUUGGCAGGUCCUCGGGUCGGGUUUGGCCAUUCGGCGGGAUUUGAUCUUCCUUCCUUGUGCCACGGUUCUCUCCCCGUUGAUUUGCCAUUCAUGAGUCGCGUAUAGUGCACCUGUCGCGUAAAGUGUUGGGUCGAUAUUCUAGCUAUUCUCCUUUCCAGUCCAUAUUUUCUGAGCCA